AUGACAUAUUCAGACCUUCUACUCUUCAUCCAGCCCUUUGCGCCUCCGGACCAAUGGCUCCAGAGAGUGCGACAGGCUAAUCCGGGAAUGCGAGUGGAGUAUCAUCAUGUGGAGAUGUACGCGAAAGAACUACCACCCAUCCCGAAGGAAACAUGGGCAGAGGCUACCAUACUCUUCACCUGGCAAGUAUUUCCUCCGAAGGAAUGGGUGCCGAAGCUUCAGUAUGUUCAGCUGUUGAGUGCCGGAUGCAAUCAGUUACUGGGCAUGCCACUUUUUGAAGACACAGAUAUUCCAUUCUGCACGUCUAAUGGCAAUCAUCCGCCCCAAAUAGCGGAGUGGGUUUUCUCAACGUUCCUGGCGUUUCAGCAUCAUAUUCCGGAGUAUCUCGAGAACCAAAGGGCCUGCAAGUGGGUAGAUCCACCUACUGAUGAGGAUACAGAGGAUGCGGUCGGCCUCAGAAUUGGAAUUCUAGGAUACGGCUCCAUUGGCCGACAAUGUGCCCGAGUCGCCAAAGCAUUCGGCAUGGAUGUCUACGCGUAUACCUUGCACAGCCGGGACACCCCUGAGUCUCGCAGAUCCGAAGACUAUACUGAACCGGGACUGGGCGACCCCGAAGGCGAAUUUCCAUCGGCAUGGUUUGCAGGAAAAGAGCAACUGAAUGAAUUUCUUGCGUCGGAUCUCGAUCUACUGGUCAUCACACUGCCGCUCACAUAUCAAACCCGGGGAAUGAUUUCGCGUGAGCAGUUUGACAUCCUUAGCAAGAAGAAGGCCUAUGUUAGUAAUGUUGGACGGGGACCCUGUGUCAAUACGGAGGACUUGAUGGUUGCACUGGAUGAAGGCAAAAUCAGGGGUGCUGCUUUGGAUGUGACGGAUCCAGAGCCGUUACCCGCUGAUCAUAAGCUCUGGGGGUAUAAGAACGUCAUUAUCACGCCUCAUUGUAGUGGCAACUCGAAUCAUUAUUAUGAGCGCGUGUUGAAGAUUUUUGCGUAUAAUUUGGAGAGACGGACACAGGGCAAGCCAUUAGUUAAUCAUGUCAAUAGGGCAUUGGGGUAUUAG